CGCAGUCGAUCGGUCGAUCUCGUGGCGAGCGAGACACGUUGCGUUUAGUGUGUCGUGCAUCAGCGAUCGUCGAUCAGCGACGGCGCAACGAUGCCUUAGUUCGCGAUGUCGGGCGAUAUCGCUCGAUUCGAGAGAAAAAAAACGCUAGUCUCGGAUGCUGUCUCCAGGUUGCAAGGCACCAAGCAAACGGCGGAAAGCGUCGCGCAAGAUGCCGUCGACCAAACAGGAUUUGGCAAGUUUAACCUUAAGGUUAUGGCCAUCUGCAGUCUGAUCUUCAUGAACGUGGCGUUCAGUAUAACAAGCAUUGGAUUUGUACUGCCUUCUGCAGCAUGCGACUUCCAGAUGACCACGGUGGACAAGGGGCGCCUGAGUGCCGCCCCUAUGCUAGGCAUGUUAGCCGGUUCUUAUAUCUGGGGCUGUUACGCGGCCAUCAAAGGACGCAGGAUAUCCUUACUGACGGCGCUGUUUCUACACGGUGUCUCAGAAUUACUGGCGUCAAUGGUACCUCUCUAUUGGGUAUUCUUGUUUUUGAAAUUUCUAAGCGGUGCAGCUAUGAAUGGACAGUCGGCGGUCGUUUUUAUGUAUCUGGGUGAAUUUCAGCCGACCAAGUAUCGUGAUAAAAUGCUGUCGUGGAUGGAAAUGGCUUGGGUGGUCGGAAUGAUCAUUCUGGCAGGAGUCGGUUGGAUCAUUAUUCCACUGCACGUGAACAUCCAGAGUGGCAGUUUCUUUUUACACUCGUGGAACCUUUUCGUCUUCAUAUGUUCACUUCCAGCCCUGUUGACCGGAACGUGGCUGUUAUUCUUCCCUGAAACGCCUAAGUAUCUAGCUGAAAGCGGGCAUAACGUCGAAAUGCUCGACGUUCUGAUGAGAAUGUACUCAGAAAAUAGCGGAGAACCUCCAAAAGAAUAUAUAACGAAACUUCGAAACUGCGGGAAUAAUAAUCUGAACGAUUUGGUGCAUCGAAUAAUGCACACCAGAGAUGGAGCGGAAGUGACGGAGAGGUCCUUUCAAGUGAUGAUAAAAGAUAUAUACACGAAGACCAUGAUGAUACUGAGGCCACCGUUUCUCUGCAGAACGAUCGUCGUCUGUUUGAUCGCCUGUUUCGUCACGUCCUCUUAUUACACGCUAACAUUGUGGCUGCCAGAGCUGUUUCAUAGAUAUGCGGACUUUCAGGAGGCGUAUCCUAAUCAGACGGCUAGCGUGUGCACAUUGAAGGGCGUGAAAAAUGCCACGGCCAUUGACUCAGACGAUCCAUACGGCUGCAACUCGAAAGUACAAACCAGCGUGUUCGUGCAUACGUUUAUAUUGGGAGCCUCGUGUAUUCCUGCGGGCAUAAUAUUGCCAUUGCUAGUUAAUUAUUUAGGAUACAAAUUCUUCCUCGUGAUAACAGCCUUCAUUCCCGCUAUCGUGACGGCUUGUCUCUUCCUGGUGCAAACGUCCACUCAAAACUUGAUACUCUCAUGCGUCUAUGAGUCUGUCACAUCCGUUUGCCUAAGCGUUGUAUACUGCCUUUUAGUUGAUCUCUAUCCAACGCAUUUAAGAGCAAUGGCGUCUGGUUUGUCCGCAUUCAUCAGUCGAAUAGGCGCAAUUAGCGGUACACUGAUGAUCGGAUACUUAAUCGACGAUUACUGUACAUUGGUAAUCGUGAUCGUGGCGGCUCAAUUAUUUUUGAGUGGUUUGCUCGCUCUGUUCACCCCAGGGAGGAACUCGGCGAAGGCAGACAUCGAGAAAUCUUAACGAAAGUACAGAUUAAUAUAAUAUUGAGAAUAUCAGAGAGAAGUAAAGCAAAAGGUUUCGAAAAAGAAUUCUAAACUUUAGCCUAAUGUAAAUGCAUUUCACUCGAAGGCGAGGAACGUGUAGGUACUUAUACAUCGUAAACGAAUCUAAUUGAGCUCGAAGUAAUUAGAGGAUCUCUUAGUUAAAUAAAUUAGAUAAAAAUGCACGAAAUAUUUCAUUAAAAUUUCUCUCUAGUUUUCGAUUGCACAAAAAGAAUGUAUAAGAAGAAGAAGAAAAUAUUCAAUCUAACAUGGAAUUACUAAUUUUGCUGUACAGUAGAAAAGUUUUGUAUACAAAGGGUUAAACAGUUGACAGUAUUUUUUCACUUUUCAAAUUUCACUCAUUUCACCUGAAAUUUUUCAUAUCUUCUAAUCUUCCAAUUAAAAGUACUUA